AAUCCGUAGUUAUCCUAAAAUCAGCGAAAAGACAAAUCGUCCUUCUCUCGUGCGGUUCAUGCUGUGGACACAUACAGCUCUCCGGUGGCAAUCAGCGAGCCUCCUUUCCUCCCCUGACCCAACCAUCAUUUAUAGAGGGAGACGCUGCGAUCGCCGACUCACUUCCCUGCCUCCAGAAAUAAUGGCGCUGAUCACCAGGAACACCGCUUCUCGCCUCCCGCUCCUCCUCGCCAACCACCGCGCUGCCGCCGCCGCUUCUCUCCACACAACCAUCCCCUCGCUUUCCCCCGAUAACGCGACCAAACCGACUUCCUAUGCCCCACCGCCGUCCCCGGCCACCUCUUCCCCCGUCGGGCUCUCCAAGACGGCCGAGUUUGUGAUCUCCAAGGUCGACGAUGUCAUCAAUUACGUCCGUCGAGGCUCCAUCUGGCCCAUGACUUUCGGGCUCGCUUGCUGCGCUGUGGAGAUGAUGCACACCGGUGCCGCUCGCUACGAUCUGGAUCGAUUUGGGGUUAUUUUCAGGCCUAGCCCUCGCCAGUCCGAUUGUAUGAUUGUCGCUGGUACCCUUACGAACAAGAUGGCCCCUGCCCUUCGCAAGGUGUAUGACCAAAUGCCAGAGCCAAGAUGGGUCAUCUCCAUGGGAAGCUGCGCAAAUGGUGGUGGAUACUAUCACUACUCGUACUCUGUUGUACGUGGUUGUGACAGGAUUGUCCCUGUGGAUAUCUACGUCCCAGGUUGCCCUCCAACUGCUGAGGCCCUACUCUAUGGAAUACUUCAGCUGCAGAAGAAGAUCAACAGGCGCAAGGAUUUCAUGCAUUGGUGGACCAAAUAAGACCCUCUCUGAAACACUUCUGGAGGGCAGCUUGGUUACCAGCUUCUGUGGCACCUAAUAAUUCAACGUUGUUUUGCCUUGUCGUUUGUUUAUUAAGUGGUGUGCGAGGAUAGAAAGAUCUUUUUCCACCGUUAUUGAUGACCCUGUUUCCAUAACCUGGGAAAGCCUUCAGCCUCCGGAGCUUUGGAGCUACUAUUCCUUUUCUGGAAAAUAUAUUAUAACUUUGAUUGGCAUGAACGUGCUUGCAUAUUUGUUCAUCUUUCCUUUUUCUUUUUGCUGUUUCGGCCAGUUACUUGGUCGGUAGUUGUUUAUUACUGAUGCAACCUGGAAUUGGAUGGGGUUUGUGUUGUGAUGUGGAGCAAAUAAAGAGCCCUCUUGUGAACUGUUCAUCCUUUGGCUUCAAUGUGAAACUAGUAGCUACUCCUUAUUCUGGAUUACUGUAUUUCCUUACAGCCAUCUGAUCUUUUGCUGUGAUCUUGUUGUUGUCCAAGAUAUCGGAUGGAAGGAUUGGUUGAUCGGUUUUUAUGGUAUCGUUACCCUUAGGUGAUGCUAAUAGUACCUUUCGUUGUUGGCGAGCUUCAAUCUCCUUUGAUAUGUGAACUUGGGUUUUCCGGGCGAGUUCAGAUGGUCGAAAGGAUAAACUGGUUUCUUCCCAUUUGCUCAAAAGUAUUGGGUACCAUUUUUGGUAUUGAAAGUCCUGCUUUUCUUUCAUCGCAGAGGGGAGGCUGCGAUGAGAUCUGAGUGUGAGAAGUUGUAGCCUUGGAGCCUGGAGGUUGGAAGUUGGAACAAUAAGACGGUCUUUGCUUCGAGCGUGGGCUUCUUCUAGGUACCCAUCUUUACUAUGGGCCGUGCGAUUCUUGGUUUGUAAUGUGUGUGGCCUUAGGCCUUAGCUAGUGAAAAACAGAGAAGGGAAUUGGCAAGUCUGCUUCCUUAUUUACCUCAAGUUCAUAUUUAGUCCAAGAAGCAAGUGGCUGUAGAGAAUUUAGAGGGCACAACUUCCCAUGAGAUUCUAUUCCAGACAACUUGGGUGGGUUCUUGGUGGGAGCAUGCAUCGUUUGGAUGUGUCUGUGUGGGUCUGCAAAACAGAGUACAUAAAAUUUGCUUGUCAUUACAGUAAUACAGUUGGGUCUGUGCCUCUAUGGCACAUGCCUCAAAACCUCUGUUUAUUUCUCUAGCCUCUGUGGACUGUGAUUUAUCCACCAGACUGUUUCUUGUAAUCAAAUUAUCUGAAAUUCUGAUGAAUUAGGUUAGCGUAAUUAUGGUCUCAGAUGUCUUUACACCGGCG